CACCGUCAGUGACUGUGGUAAAUACUUGAUCGUCUCUGUAUCAGCAGGAUGUGAAAAUAAUUUGGUAUACGUGGCUGACAUAAGCAAUGGAAUCACAGCUAAACCAGAACUCAAACCAAUUAUCACUAAAAUGGAAGCAAAUUAUGGUUUCGUUGCUAACAACGGAAGCCAAUUCAUUUUCCAAACUAAUAAAGACGCCGAUAAUUAUAAACUAAUUAUGAUCGAUAUUACGAACCCUGAUCCUGCAGCAUGGAAAGACCUUGUAUCUGAACACGAAAAGAAUACUAUGGAAUGGGCUUCCGCAGCGCACGAUAAAUAUCUGAUUUUGUCUUACAUCGAGGAUGUUAAAAGUGCCGUUUAUUUACAUGACAUAGUAACCGGUAAAAUGAUCAAGAAAUUUAAAUUUGAUAUUGGUAGCAUUGGUGCUUGCUGUGAUAGACAAACCCCAAACGUAUUUUUCACUUUUGGGUCUUUUCUUACUCCUGGUAUCACCUAUUAUUGCAAUUUAUCGAAACCACCGUUUGAUCUAGAAAUCAUAAAUGAAGUCAAGUUGAAAAAUUUCGAUCGUGAAAAAUUCACCGUUGAGCAAGUAUUUUUUCAAAGUAAAGAUGGAACCAAAAUACCGAUGUAUAUUGCUUAUAAAAAAGGUCUCAAGAGAGACGGAAACAAUUUUGCUUUUUUGCAUAGUUAUGGUGGAUUUGCAUGCAGUUCAUUACCUUAUUUCGCAAUUAAUCGUUUGGUGAUAAUGAGUAAUUUUGAUGGUGUACAUUGCGUAGCGAAUAUCAGAGGCGGAGGAGAAUAUGGCGAGAAAUGGCAUAAAGAUGGAUCACUGGAAAAGAAACAAAACUGUUUUGAUGAUUUUCAAGCCGCUGCUGAAUAUUUGAUCACCGAACAGUAUACAAACAGUAAACUGCUUGCCAUAAAUGGAGGGUCAAACGGUGGCCUUUUGGUGGGAGCCUGCCUCAACCAGAGACCUGAUUUAUUUGGUGCUGUGGUCGCUGAUGUGGGUGUGAUGGAUAUGUUAAGAUUUGAUAAAUUUACCUGUGGUCACGCUUGGAUAACUGAAUACGGUUCAUCGUCCGAUCCGAAAUUUUUCCCUAUUUUGUACAAGUAUUCUCCUUUACAUAAUAUAAAAAUACCCGAAGGAUGUGAUAAGCAAUACCCUGCCACAAUGCUCACAACUUCAGACCAUGACGAUCGAGUUUCACCUCUUCAUUCUUUGAAAUUCAUUGCAGCAUUACAGUAUGAAGCGAAAAAACACACCAAUCAGAAAAAUCCUUUUAUAAUCAGAGUUGAAACAGAUGCUGGACACGGUUGUGGCAAACCCCUGGAUAAAGAAAUCGCUGAAUUGGUAGAUAUGAUGUGUUUUUUUGUAAUCAACCUUGGAAUCAAGUUCAAAGCUUUCCUUUGUUAAUAAAAUAUUGAUGUAUGGUAAGCUGUCUUCAAACAAUCCAUCAUCAAUUUGUUCUUGAAUAAACAUAAGAAGAUGACAUUGUGACGUUUGGAAAUUUUUGAACCACAGAAACAUGUUUCCCAGCAGAUGGUAUCAAAAUAUCCACCUUCUCCCAUCUAUCUACAUACUAUGCAUACAGACAAUUUCAUAUCUUUUAUGUAACUAAUUUAGCUGAUUUGUGCUUAUUUUCUGAAUGCACGUACCUAAAUAAAUCAUAAUAACGC